UACAGUUACUAUAUGCAGUUACAUAGUUAAAUCCCUGAAUGUUUCAAAAUUCGUUAGGUCAGGAACUGGAUUAGGAAUUGGAUUUGAAUUGGAAGCUGUGGCUGCCCCAUCCCUGGCAGUGUUCAAGGCCAGGUUGGAUGGGGCUUGGAGCAACCUGCCCUAGUGGAAGGUGUCCCUGCCUGAUGAGCUUCAAGGUCCUUUCCAGUCCAAACCAUUCUGUGGGCUUUAAGUCAGAAUGAAAUAGUCUGAGAGUGCUGACAUUCACACACUGAUUUCAUUUGCUUUAAUUUUCAGGUGUAUAUCAACUUGCAAAAUCCUUUAAAAAUGGGAAUAUGUGAUGCUACAUCUUGCUCUCAACCUGCUGCUCCCCUAAUGGAGACACUGGUGCACGGUUGCUUAGCCCUGCUUUUUUAAGACUUUGAUGACAUCAAGCAAAAUCUUUUCCCCGCCCCUGAAGAAACAGGAAGAGUGCAGCCACAAAAAGCACAGUGCCUACCCACAGUGUGAGGGGGAAGAGUGCUUUGGCAGGGAAGCUCAUCCUUGUGUGCUUUUGGGUUGUAUAGCUCAAGGUAUGGCUGAGCAGACAAGUGAUCAUCUCAAGGUUCGAGCUUGCUUGCUGGUGCUCAUGUGCCUAUGGCAGUGGACACAGCAAAUUCUGGCAACAGCGUGCAGUGAUGGUGAACUGCGAGUCAUCAGUAAAGGUGAAAAGAAAUGCUGCCCCAAAUGCACCUCGAACCCAGGAGGCAACAGUACAUGUCAAAAUACCCAGGACCAUGACUGCAGAUGUCGUCAGGGAUACAGCUGUGUUGACAGUGCAUGUCUCUACUGCCAGAAACUGCCUGAGUGUGCAGCAGGCGAGGAGCUGGUGAAGCUUGGCAAUGUAGACUUCACAUUCAGAUGUAAACCAUGUGAGAUGGGAACCUAUUCUAGUGUGAAGAAUGGCUGGUGCCGUAACUGGACUGAUUGUGAAAGCUCUGGGUUUCUAACAGUCAAGCAAGGGAACAGUACACAUAAUACAAUAUGUGGUCUGCUUCCUAAGGAGCUGGAACAAGGUCUCAUUACAGUUGACUCCCUCUCUACCACCAUCCUGGCCAUCCUGACUGCAGUGGCUCUGUUUGUUCUCAUCUUGCUGACCUUCAUCUUGCAUUUCUGCAUAUGGUCACUGAAGAAAGAAAAAUACCACGCAGCUGAUGAUCUGGAACAUAUCUUCCCUAAGCAGCCAAUGGCUCCACAACGGUCCCACCACAGAGAAGAGACUUACAGCUGCCAGCUUCCAGAAGAAGAACAUGGAGACAAAACACCAGAAGAAAAGCACUGCUACUUCCACCCUCAGAGUCUGCAGUGAAACAGAUGAAUUGCAAUGUGCUGUGAGAAGGGGAAGCUGAGCUCAGCUUUUCCAAAGAGAAGGGAGGGUCUGGGUGCAUAAAGCAUCCUCAUAUACAUAGCAAUAAGGAAUGGGCUUGGGAGAGUUUUGCUGUGUUUCCUCUCAACAAACCUAGUGUUUAGAAGCAAAAGGAACCUGCUCAGGCUGACAUUCAGUUCAA